AUAAGCAAUAUUUAUAAUGUCAAUUAUUUAGUUCUAUGCGGUACAGUUUUAGGCAAGAAUUGGCGGGAAUUCUACAUUUCUGUCUCAUAUAUAUAUAUAUAGGUUAACUUUCUGUCAAAACAUUUUAUAUUUACACGAGUAUUUAAAUAUAAAGAAAUAUUUAAGACGUCUGAGCUUUUUGCGUUCUAGUGAAAUCCAAAUCAAGACUUGAUUGACAAUGGCAAAAGCAUUGUGUGAACGAAAUAAUUCCAAAAGAAUGUCGUACAUCGAUUGGGACGAAUAUUUCAUGGCUAUAGCAUUCCUUUCAGCGAAACGGAGUAAAGAUCCCUGCACCCAGGUCGGUGCAUGUAUCGUUAAUAACGAUAAAAGAAUUGUCGGGAUUGGAUAUAAUGGAAUGCCCAUGGGAUGCAGUGACGAUGAAUUUCCCUGGAACAAAGGUUCUUGCACUAGUUUAGACGCGAAAUAUCUCUAUGUAUGUCACGCGGAAGUUAAUGCGGUUUUAAACAAAAAUUCAAGCGAUGUUAAAGACUGUACAAUAUAUGUUGCUUUAUUCCCAUGUAAUGAAUGUGCAAAAGUGAUAAUACAAUCAGGCAUCAAAACUGUGAUAUACAUGUCUGAUAAGCAUAGCCACAAAGUCGUGACAAUAGCUUCGAAAAGAAUGUUUGAUGCAGCUGGUGUAACAUAUAGGCAAUACAUCCCGAAAAAUCAAAAAAUAGAAAUUGAUUUCAGCGAUAUUAACUGGAAUGAGAUGAGCCAAUUACCACAAACCCCGACAAAACCAGAAGAUUAGAAAAUGAAAUGAGAACAGAUAUAUUUUGGAAAGAUUUUUAUAGAAAAAUGCAUGACUGCAAAUAAUUAGUACAUUGUGAUAUGUAUAAUAAGAAAAAUGUUUCUUCUCAUGUGUUUGUAUUCAUUUAUUUAUUUUUUCACUUGACAUUUCAUAGAUUGAAUUUUUUCAAGUAAUGCUAACCACCAGAUAGCACGUGAAAAUACAACUUACGAUUGUAUUGCUGAAUAUUGAUUGUUUUUUUUUGUUUUGGAAGUUCAGAGACACUAAUAUUUACAUAUAAAAGUAUUAAUUAAGAAUAGGUACAAAUGCAGGUGAAGCAAACCUGCUCUUUUUUUAAUCUUCAUAGAUCUGAAUCCUGUUUUCUAAUAUUAAUUAACCAGAUGACGUGAAAAAAAUAAAUAAAACAAUAUAGAGAAAGCAAAACAAUUGCGAUAAAACUAAGGUAGAUUUAAGUAUACGACACAACUCUCAAUUUAUGCGUUUUACCUGCUGUACAAAUGUAAACAGUGACACAAUGUUCUUAUGGCAUAAUAGAAAUAUGUAACAAUG